AUGAGGCAUGGUCACUGCUGGAAUCUACUCCUUUGUGUAACACUCCAUCUUGGCUAUGUGGCUGCAGGAAUCUCUCAAGGUGUCCUCUCCGCUGACGAUACCCUCCACCACGGACCGAUAGCUUUCCUCAGCUCCUGGGAUGUACUUGGUCCGUUCAGGGUGGGCACUCGAGAGGCUGUAUGGGGUGCCGACCCCAUCGAGUUCCAUGGAGGCAUCCAGUCACUCAUCUCCAACGAGGAGCCCCUUUACCACAGUCCUCUCACUCGAGGCGCGAAUGUGCACUGGAGCAAUCGGACGUUCAUCCCCAUAGAUACGAAGACUUCCACAUCUGUUGAGCUGGUGGUGGACUUUCCUGAAGUGGAUUGGCAGUUUGCACAAAAUGUCUAUGGCUGGUCUGCUCUUCAAUUCCAAGGCUGGCUGAAAGGGCGCAUUUGGAAUGCUGAUACCGGUGUGCAAAAGGUGGUGCUGUACCCAGAUAACAUUCUGGAACUCUGGGUCAAUGAACACCAUGUAUUCGGAGGAGACUUCUAUGGCUUCCAGAGAGCCCCGGUUGUUGUGGACCUUCCACCGGGCCUCAACAAUAUCAGCGUUCGCCUGAUACGUGAUGUGCGGUCAAUGGGCGGCACAUUACCUCCCGUCGUUCGAGCGAGUCUCAGAGCCGAUCUAGCUUUGGUUCCUAUUGACAUAUCUCCCCAAAGCCUGGUGAUGCCCGACGUGGUUGGUGGUCGAUUUUGCAGUCCCUUGGGUAGCAUAACGGUAAGGAACCAAGCUGAUUCGUGGAUCGAAGUACGACAGGUUUCUGCAGUCCUUGCUGAACACAGCGUUGUUGUGGCAAGUGAUGCAAUUCGACUUGGUCCUGGUCAGUCACGUCCGGUGAAGGUGUCGCUCGGGUCUAUCGAAGGGAUGCAAGAGGCCAUCCAUUUCGAGCUGCAAUAUUCGCUGGCUGCUUCGGGGUCAUCCCAGGUGGCUUUCUCUGCGCCACUGCAUCACACCACCAAUUCGUCUUUGCAGAAGAUUACAUUCUUGCAUCCCAGUGGCGUCGUCUCUUAUGCAAUGCUCAGACCGCCACCCACAACACAUGGUGCCGCCAAGGAUUCUGUGGUUCCUGUUCUUCUCAUGCUCCAUGGUGCAGGGGUCGAAGCAGAUGGCUCCUUAGCUCGGCAUAUGUUUGAUGCUGCCCAUGCCCUGCCCGCCUGGAUACUCACUCCGUCAGGCAUGACUCCGUGGAGCUCGGAUGACUGGCAUAUCUGGGGUUUCGCUGACGUCGAAGCUGCAUUGUUGACCGUCCCCAAAUGGAUCCAGGACGCCGCCUGGGCCGGGCCUGGAGUGAUGGCCGAGAAGGUGUUGGUUGCAGGUCAUUCCAACGGUGGACAAGGCACGUGGUUCUUUGCCACUCACCAGCCUGAUCGUGUCCUUGGUGCAGCAGCUGCCUCAGGAUAUUCUUCCAUCGAGAACUAUGUCCCUUAUGCCUUUUGGGACGAAGCAGACCCUCUUCGAACUGGAAUCCUCCAGACGGCGAGAAGUAGUUUCCGUCAUGAAUUGUUGACAGACAACCUUGUAGGUGUACCUAUCUUCCAACAGCAUGGUUCCGAAGACGACAACGUACCUGCUUACCAUUCUCGCCUGCUGAAUACUCUGCUUGCAGAAGCAGGUCAAUUGGUCGAUUACUCUGAAACACCAGGCAGAGGCCACUGGUUCACAGGGACCAUGACCACCCCGGCAAUGCUUGAUUUCUACUUGGGGUGUCUGAAUGGAUCCAGUUCGGUUUCCAGCAUCCCCGCCCAAUUCUCCUUCGUGGUGCCUAAUUCGCAUGAGUUGGGCUCGAAAUAUGGUAUUGUCAUUGAUCAAUUGACCACACCAGACAGAAUGGGGAGGGUUACGGUGACGACCAGCAUGCAUGACUCCAUUCCGCGUUGGCAUGUUACCACUGAAAACAUCCGUCGGUUGCAUUUCGAGACGGCAACCCAACUUGGCGAUACGCCUUGGGAGGUCGUGCUUGGUAACAUGUCUGAUUCCUUCGAUGUCGGUGUGGCGACAAAGGGAUCAUCGUUCGUCAAGCUUGAAACGAAUGUCUGGGCCCAGGAGAUCGCUCCAGAAUGGACAAACAUUGGCCAACGAUAUGGCCGCCAGAGAGGGUCUCUUGACUCGAUUGUGCGCAGCGCAGGGCCUUUUGAGAUUGUCUAUUGUUCCGAAAAGGAUCUCCCUUUGGCGAUUCAAACAAGCCGAAACUUCCUCCAAUACUUCGGCGCUGACUCGAAUAUCAGCCAUCGAUCGAGAUAUGAAGACGCAUUGAAGAGAGAAGGCAAUGUGAUCACACUCGGCACGGGAGCCAGUAUCCCGCCUCCUUACCUUCCCUCCUUUCCCAUCCAAAUCGGGGCAGAAUGGCUAUCAUUGAAAACCAAGGAUUCGAAUACUGUAUCCAUCCCUCUUACACCAGGCAUGGGCGGCAUAUGGCUCCGUCCACUUCCUGAACAACGUCUGGAGCUUGUCGUAUGGGGCUAUGAUGAAGUUGGACUGAGGCAAGCUGCCCGUCUGAUUCCUACUCUCACUGGCGCAGGUCAGCCAGAUUUUGUUGUAUUGAAUAACGAAACGAGAUGGAAGGGUCAUUCAGCGGCUCCAGCAAUGGGUUUCUUUGACUAUGAGUGGAGGAUCUCGCCGGCUUCAUUCCUGCCAUAA